AAAACCGCUAUGUUCAAUGUCACUCAAUAGCAACGUCAGCAGCGGGUUAUGGUUUUGAUUUUUGUGACUUCAUUACCGUUGACCUGAAUGUAACUUUGAUAUUUAGAUUGAAUCGGUUAAACACGCAUCAAAAUGGUGCUUCUUGCUGCCGCAGUGUGCACAAAGGGCGGCAAGGCCCUGGUGUCAAGGCAGUUUGUGGAGAUGACCAGAGCUCGGAUUGAAGGAUUGCUGGCUGCCUUCCCUAAGCUGAUGAGCACUGGACGCCAACAUACAUUUGUGGAGACAGAAAGUGUCCGCUAUGUUUACCAACCUUUGGAUCUGCUCUACAUGCUUCUUAUCACCACAAAAGCUUCUAACAUUCUUGAGGAUCUUGAAACUCUCAGACUUUUUUCAAGAGUGGUUCCUGAAUAUUGCCGCAGCUUGGAUGAAAAGGACAUUUCUGACAAUGCCUUUAACCUCAUAUUUGCUUUUGAUGAGAUUGUUGCACUCGGUUACCGUGAGUCUGUCAACCUGGCACAGAUCAGAACUUUUGUUGAGAUGGACUCCCAUGAGGAAAAAGUCUUCCGAGCUGUUCGAGAGACACAGGAGCGUGAGGCUAAGACGAGGAUGAAGGAAAAGGCUAAGGAGCUUCAGCGCAAGCGUUAUGAGGAGAUGAAGCGCGGAGGUGGCAAGAGUGGCAUGGGUGGUGGCUAUGGCAGCAACGCCAGCAGCAUGGGCAACUACAACUCUGGCAACUCUGGUGGCUUCUCCAUCCCUGCUGUCCCAGACAACAUUGCUCGUGCUGCUCCUCAAUGCUUUAUCGCUGCUGUGAUCAUUCCUGAGGAGCCUCGGUCCAGCAAGGUUCCUGUAGGUGGGAAAGCUAUGAAGUUGGGCAGCCGUGCUAAGGACGUAGACAGCUUCGUGGACGCCCUCAAGAGCGAGGGCGAGCGCAUCAGCACCGCGGCUGUGGACGACAAGAGGGCGCUGCAUGUCGAGCCUGAUGUCCACACUGAGCCGGUGCACAUUCUUGUGUGCGAGGACUUGACUGUCCAUGCAGGGCGUGACGGUGGCUUACGCAACCUGGAGGUGCAGGGCAUCUUGAAGCUGCGCAUCUCCAGUGCUGAGCACGGCUUCAUCCGCGUCCAGGUUGACAACCAAGAAGAACGGGGCAUUCAACUGCAGACUCACCCCAAUGUCGACAGAGAGCUGUGGCGUGCAUGUUCUCAGGUUGGCAUGAAGCAAAGCAACAAGCCUUUCCCGGUCAACACGGACGUCGGUGUCGUCAAAUGGCGUUUCCAGACCACAGACGACGGCCAUAUUCCGCUUACAAUCAACUGCUGGCCACAAGAAGACGGCAGCGGCAACUGCGACGUGAAUAUUGAGUACACGCUUGAGGACUCAUCCCUGGAACUCAACAACGUCAGUAUCUCCGUGCCUUUGUGCUCUGGGGCGCCGCCCCCUGUUGUCAGGAACUGUGAUGGCACCAAUGAGUACGACAGGAGCCACAGCGCGCUGGUGUGGAACAUCCCGCUGCUGGAUGCCUCGACGCCCUCAGGCACUCUGGACUUCACAGCCCGCGGGUCACCUGACACCUUCUUCCCCGUCACUGUCUCCUUCACCUCCACCAAAACUUUCUGCAACCUCAAGGUUCGCGACGUAGUGAGCAUCUCGGACGGCAGCUCUGUGAACUACAGCACAGAAACGCUUCUCCGCACCACGUCUUACCAAAUCGAUUGAGCUGAUGGCAUCGCACUCUGUAUAAGGUUAUCAGAGAUAAUGUGCAGCCAAUCCAUUACCUUCCUUCACUUGGCAGGGACCUUCUAAAUACAUUAAAAUUGGUGCCCCGAAGUGUUUAAUAUGCAAUGAUUUGAUGUCAUAGCUAAAAAAAUUUGUUGGUCGACGCGCUUUAUUCUCCUGAACUUCUACAAUGAAAAUUCUAAAACUUGUUCCAGGAUGUAUUCACAAACUAAUCCGAGGAGUGAUGUCAUGGCAAUUAACAGUCGUCAACUUAUGUUUAAAGUUCAACCAUGUGGUCGAUGAAACUCAACAUUACUGAGACUGUCAUUCAAUACAAAAAGUUCAGAAAUUUAAUUGCCUCUCAACUCUGGCGACUUUUCGUCGAAUGUUUACCAGCAGGAUAAUUUUUGUUGCGCUUUACAUCUAAGAGCUUUGAACUUCAUGGGGCAGUUUUCUUUAAAUCUUAGCAGCCAUUUUUCACAUGCUAAACUAAAAAUUUUUCUCCAAAUAACGUAUUUGUUAAAUGAAGCUCUGCUUCAAUUUUUAAGUGCCUUCAGUUUCAAGAUCAGAUGACAGGUUCAUUCAUUUGGGUAUCAAUGGUAAGUUUUUAAUAUGUUAGUAGGUGGAAGGAACUCUAAUUAUUGAUGCUGCCCAUAUGUAACGAGUAAUCUUCCAUUCCUUUUUCUCUUCUGGAACUAAAUAUCGCUUGUGUCUUCAGUAAAUUCAUAAUAAAUUUUAUAACGUCACACCGCGAAAACUGUGUUUAUAAUAGUUUUUAUAAUUUAUUCAUACAUUCGAAAUUUAGUUCGUCACUGUAUUUCCAUCAGUAAUGAUAGAAGUAAUAAAAAAAAUUGAUAUUUUGUUAUUAAAUCCGCUGCCGUAAAAAGUAAAGUAAUUUCUUUUCUCUAAUUUCGAAAAAUGUAUUGCUAGUGUUCGAUCUGUUUCAGAGAGAGUUCGGUAUUAAAUUAGGUUAUGAAAUUCUUAUCAAAUUUCGUUGAACUUAUAGAGGUAAAAAUGUUGCAAUUACAUACAUGCAUUGCAGUUCAAGAUACUUUUCCAUAUAAUGAUUGUUAUUUUUGAGCAAUCUAAGGACUCAACUACUGCCUGAAUAUUGUUUCUGUUUUCAACUAUUGCCUGAAUAUUGCACCAAACCUAAGGAUGUUCAUCAUGCUUUCCAAAGCAUCGAAAAAAAUCUCUUUGGUUUUCCCAAAUUAUUUUCUGCCACUGUUAUUGUGAGAUAUUUAAUGUUCUGACAUCCUGUAAUUAUUACGUGUAUCUCCCAACAAGAUGUUAUCAGUAAUCGUCAAUGUCAUGGAAAUGUAAUCCUAUUCUACUCGUUAAUUUGUGCGACUAGGCAUGCAUUUCUGAUAGGUUCUGAUAAUUAUUUUUCCACUUAAGAGACUGAGUGCAAUGAGCUUGAAAUAGAUCACCCAUAUUUUGCCGAGUAUUGAUUCAGCGCAGCCUGGAUUCCUUAUUACAUAGUUUUUUAUUUUGGUUUUUGUCAUCAUUUUGAAUCUUCUGUUUAGCUAAUGUAUUUACUGUCACGACGCUGAAAUAUAUUUAGUUUUUAAAUGCAAAAUGAGCAUCUUGAGCUCAGCGAAAUAUUUGUUUCGCUACUGAAUUUGUGUUCUCAGAUACAGGGAUUGGCAGCAAUGUUGAUGGCAUUUCACUAUUAAUAUUCGUUAAAUAACGAUCAAGCGAUGGCCUCUGUAGCUUAAAAAUAUUGGGAAAAUUAUUUAAUUGCUAGAACUAUUAAAAAUACUAGCAUUUUUAAAGAAUAUUUGUAUUGCUCCGUUUAUUCCCGAUUUUCUAGCGUGUUAAUGUAGCGAUAUUCAGAGUUGUAAGGCGAUUACUAUCGUUGACGAAUUCUUCUUACUUUCUAGUGGAAAUUAAUAUUAUUUUAUGUUCAAGUUUUCUGGAGAUUGAAGUUGGGUGGUUCUCUUCAACGCAUAGAAAUAUAUUUAAUAGCAAA